AUGCUUUGGCGGCUUGAUAGCGAGCCAUUGGAGACUCUUGACUCCCCAUCUCUUAGCGGAACACUGCCCUCUAUCUCCUUGAGCACCAAAUUAUUACGUUUUUUGGCCCCCAUGGUAUGGACCAAUCAGAUGGGCGAAAACCCAUGUCUGAGACCCACUGGUACAAAAUGGUACAUACAAACGACUGCCCAUAGCGAAGUCCAUGUCACUCUUCAGAAUGCCAUCGAUCCCAACAGUCCCUUAUAUAAUAAACAUGAUAAAUCUAGACGCCCCUCGCUAAGCGUCAAUUCCCGAGGCGAACUAAGAUUAUGUGCUAUGUGCUAUGUGCUAUGUGCUAUGUGCUAUGUGCUGCGUGCUUCGUGCUACGUGGUACGUGCUAUGGUGCAUUGGCAAUACAUCAUGAUACAGCAGCAUCAUAUUAAUGAGAAAAAAAUGAGAAAAAUGAUCUUCUUCUUCCCCUGUGGUCCCCGUAGCUUGAAAGUCGUCAGUUACGGCGGUUUCCCCUCAAACAUAUGCCCAAUACUACGGGACGUUUUUUCCCCUAGUCGCGAUGUCAACCUUUUCCCUCCUCAAUCCUCACAUCAAUACAGCACUUCCCAUCCUCCGGCCUCUAAUGCUUUGGUGUUCGGUAUAACCUCAGUAUGA